GUAACGUCGGCCGAAUCCGCUUAUGCAGAAGAGAGCUUUGGGAGGGUGCCUUAUAUUUCAUCCUUUUGCGUUCUUGGGUUUGCGUGCAUGUUUCAUCCCGAAUCGAAGUGUAUCAACGAGUUUCGUGCCCUUCCCCUGUAGCCUCUUUUAGAUUUGUGUCGACUGCUCGCCGUGACCGCUUCGGAAAGUGAAAAUGACAGCUGAUGAGGAAGAGGACAUCCCAGGCUCUGGGGCAGUAUGCACCUUUGGGAAGACCCGGUUCGCUGGCAACAUGCCUGGAAUGUUUUGGGUGAAAAACGAUCCCGUCAUGCACGUGGCCUGCGGGGACGAACACUCAGUCUUCAUAACGGCGGGAGGCCGUGUGUUCAGCUUCGGCAGCAAUGAGUAUGGCCAGCUCGGGCACGGCCACAAGAACACAGUGGUGCGACCGAAAUGCGUGAAAGCGUUGAAAGACCAGAGGGCUGUUCUCCUAGCAUGUGGACGGGCGCACACACUAGUUGCCACAGAUGACCAUCGGGUGUAUGGUUUUGGUGUCAACACCGAACACCAGCUGGGCCUCAACUCUCAAGAAUUUCAACACCCGGAGCCCGCGCUCAUCACCGCACUCACUGGGCUGCAGAUAAAGCAACUGGCUGCUGGGGCCGAGCACUCUGUGGCACUCACAGACAAGGGAACGGCUUAUGUCUGGGGUGGCGGCAAGGAGGGCCAGCUAGGCCUUGGGACCAAGACCACAGUUCCCUCACCUCUGGAGCUCAAAGUGGACAUCAGGAUAAUGUCCGUUUCGACGGGCUAUUACCACACGGCCAUUGUUUCGGUUGAUGGCAUUUUGUACACAUUUGGAGAGAGGGACGGAGGAAAGCUUGGCUUGCCAAAAACUCUGUGCUGCAAACGCUACAACAAACCGACAGAGGUCUCGACAAUCCCAGGAAAAAUAGUCUCUGUUUCGUGCGGUGGGACCCACACAAUGGCGCUUACAGCCGAGGGCAAAGUGUACGCUUUUGGCGAUGGUAGGAAUGGCCAGCUCGGGCUGGGGAACAAGACGCUGCAAAGCAACAAGCCGCAGCCGAUCCCAUUUGUUGAAGGCAUCAAGAUUGCAAAGGUGGUCUGCGGAGAAAGCCACACUGCUUUUCUCUCAGACAAGAGACAGCUCUUGACAUGUGGAGAUGCUCGCCACGGAAAGUUGGCGCUGGUCACUAACGAUGCCUCUGCGAACCAGUUUACACCCGCCCUGGUUGAGGAGCUGCUUUCAUACCAAGUCCAACAGGUUGCCUGUGGUGGCUGUCAUACGCUGGUUCUCGUCAUUCCUGGAUCUGGCCAGGAAGUCAAUGCAAACAAUGAAGUUGGCGCUACAGGCGAUGUGAAUGCAGCGCGUGCAAAGAGGCGUCAUCGAAAGGCGGCACUAAUUGAAAACGAACAAGACGAACCAGAUGCUUGCGAAGAAGAUUCGCAUGUUACGGCGAGAGUACUAAGCGAGACGAGUCGGCAACCACGGAAGGCGCCGUUACUCGUAGAAGCCGCGACGGACACCAGUAUCCGUCAUGUCGACAGCGACGUCAGUGACGACGACACGUCGGAAAUGUCUGUGCUGAACAAGACACAGGUAAUCAAUCACAUUGGAUCUAAGGAGAUAUUGUCCGCCCUUGAUCAAGAUGAGAAGCCACCAGGGUUAAAGAAGGAGUCUGCAAAAUCGCCUCAAGGAGCACUCCAGAAUGGGGAUAAAGCCAAACUGAAUGGGCCCAAAGAGGAACAACCUGUGGUUCCUGUUCCAGAAACACCAAAGAAAACAGUUUCACUGGCCAGCCAACCCAAGACUGACAGCGAGAGCGAGGAAAGGCGCGACAAAAUUCGGUGGCUGCCAGCGCACAAGGACUCGCCAAAACACCGCAAGGAACUGGAGCGCAUGGCUGAGAAGGCCGUUGAGAAAUCCUCCGAGGACUGCUCGGACAAAGGAACGCCAACGAAGCGUGCAGGAAAGAAAAAGAAAGAUGCAGACGCCGACAAGGAGGCCUCCAAAGAUGGAAAAGGAGAUGGAAAAGAUUCAAAGUCAUCGACCUGCGUCGUCAUGUGACCUGCACGAGUUGACUGCUAGUGGACGACGCCUGUCUGCCCUCGUUUCUCAACAUUUUUUCGACAAAGGCGGCUUCACGCAGCACGCUUUCCUCGCUUUUUUGUUUUUCCUCACGACAGCAUCUGCUCUUUAACCUUCUUCCAAAACAAGCAGCGAAAUGGUUGCUUCCGCAUCGUGUGUGGCAACUGAACGUGCAAGGAGGAUCACGUGGCGUUGUCGUCUGCAUCCGGUGAAUCAGCAUUUUCUGGCCUGUUGGUGAAGUGACUUCGUUUUAAGCGUGUAAUGUUUCAAUUGUCUGUUUGCUGUUGUUUGCGCUUCUGUUUGACAGGUGGCAAGCACCCCCCUUUUAUCUGCGUGAAUGUUUGCAUUUGUCUGUCCCCCUGAGUGGCGAUUGCCGAACACCUGUCGUGUUACUGCUGUUUUGGAGUUUCGUUUCACUGUCUUAGGGAGCCCUGAACAACAUUGUUUCCUCUGUUUGUUUCAGUGUUUUUUAAAUGUAAGCCUAUGACCUAUAUGCAUUACGUGAGCCAAGCUUUUACGUUGGAAAGGUUCGUAUUAUAAGGGCAGAGGCACUGGUAUUCUUUCUUUGAGAAAUUAGCCAGCCCUUAGACGUCAAGCAAUAUUUACUAAAUGUUCAUCAAUUGAGGUUAGUAGUAAUCAUCACCGGUCUGAUCUGCACGAAUAUAUAACGUAACAACAAAUACACCGGGAUGGAGUCGUAGAACGUUCCCCACGCUGACAGAUGUCGCAUCAUGCCUAAUACGUCUAGUGUAGCGUGAAAGGCAUUUCUGCUAAAUGGAAGCUUUGAUUUGCUGUUCCUUCAAUACGUACUAUUCUGAAAAUAAGCCAGGCUUGAUUCACAUUAUCACUUCUGGCGAUGAUUUAUUCUCGCUUUAUUGGUAUAAAGCUUUUAAUUGCUGGGAUGCAGCAUUCUAUGUAGUCUUUGCUUAUGGUGAUGCGUGCGACUAGCACGGUUGGUUAGCAGUUCUUCUCUGGCCUAGCCUAAAUUUCACGCUCCUGCUUUGGUGCAGCGAACAAACCUAUACUACAAAAACUUGAACUUUUCGGAAGUGGUGGUGUUAACCAUCGCACACUUUGCAGUUCUGCAGCAAUACAUUUUGACCAUUACCAGGAGACUUGAGGCACUCAAUUACUCGGUGCCGAUUUUAUUUGCUAACUGACGAAUGAACAACUGUUAGGAAUGUCAUCAAGACAAAGCCACGGACGAGUUUUUCCAUCUUAUUGCUUGUCUCGCGGCAUGCGAGAUAGGUUGUGCGUAAAAAUGUGUUCGUGCUUUUUUUUUAUCAACUAUUUAAUUAGUUCACGUGCUUUACGUCAGUGCUGCUACAACCUAGAACAAGAACAAUGUUUCAGACAAAGUCAUUAAGUGUUCUGGAUUUCAUACUUCCACACUAUCACCCCCAUAGUAAGCUGUCUGUUUCAACAUCGCCUGUCGAUGCUGAUGAGCAGCAUGUAGCAUCUUCACAAAUUAUUUCGUUUCUUGUUCCUCACUGGUGCGUUUUACUGCGCCGAGCGUUCGGUUCAGGCCAGAAGCCCAAAUUACGUUUUAUCGACCAAGAAUGGCCGUGUCAUGCGGGUUGUUCAGGGCUGCUUGAGAUUAAACGUGUGAAUGGUUUGUUCGACAUACACCUCGGGUAGCUUCAAGCUGUGCACUCACAUUGUACUUUCAGCGUGCACGUUUCUUCUCUCUGAAAGGCACAUGGACUAAGAGAUGGUGGAGAAUGUGGGAAAAAGUGCAAUCCGUAACAGCUUCUCAAGCAUGUGAUAUGUCUCAUGCUAUUUUCUCUUGCUUUUUUUUUUGUUUACGUACUACACUGAGACGUGGCAUUGUGACAAGCUCGCAAGACUUUUUUUUUUUACUUGGCGCUGACGCUUGAGUGUUGCAGUGUUGUCGGGAACAAAGUAGAGUUUGGAACUUAACGCCGCUUGCCUUCUGCGCGUUGCUGUACAUGGCUGGGUACGUACGUCACUUCUUGAUAUACAAGGACACCGAUUAAGGUCAGGAGUCUCCAAACUUUUUCACCCUGAGGAAAACCCCACGAACUUUCAAAAUGCCCAGAAAUCUGCAUGCAUUUGGACCCGGAUGCUCUUUUACCGAGGAUAGGAUGCAUGGCCUAACACAAAUGCAGACACUUGAUAAAACUGCAGCCUCUUUUUUAGCCUAGAGAAAAAUAAAAGUAGUGCACAUACUAUAGCAAGUGGUGCAUUGGUCGCUUGUGUGGUGCGUGCACUGCACAAUCAUAGUCUGCAAGCCAUGAUUGGUAGCAAAGAAGAGAUCGAAAGUUGCAGUGAUGGUUGCACGAUGGUGGCUCGGAUGCCUCGAGCCGGUACAAAGUUUGGAAACCCGUGGCCUCGAUGUUAGUGCAAUAAGGACAAGCGAAUGAACCGAUUUCCACGUUGCGGUGGGAAUAUGUAUCAUACUGUCAAAAAGGCGUGUAGCCUAACUGACUGAAAAAUCUAUCGUGGUGAGACCAGAUGUACAGGGUGCACGCGCAUCUGAAGGCGGGAAGUACUCUUUAAUAACAGCUCUUCGGAGCGCAGCGAACACUUCGUCACCGAUCGUUGCGCCGCUUUUUAAACAAACAUCUUAAGCCUGUUCGCAGCUGUUCUCAGAAUGCGGGAUGCCGUCACUGUUGCCUGCUACGUUAUACUCUCAAGUAUGUUCUGUACAUCGGUUGCAGUGCACACAGUGUUUUUUUCGCAAGGGCAGUGUGCACCGCUUAUCAUCGAACUUUUUUCUGUCGUGCAACAUCCAAGGCUGUUUUGCACUCGUUAGCUGCUUUGUUCUUCAAUGCCGAGCCAUGCUGCCCUUGAAGCUAUAAGGCUGGCUAACGGGCACCAUACCUUUUUUUUUUUUUGGCGCGAGUUGAACUUAUGCUACGAUGGACUGCCUUGCCUUGGUGAUGCCUGCUGCCUGAAUUUUAAAUGCAGUGGCGAAUGAUAUCUCAGGAGAACCGUUUUUUGUUUCGACAGGGCUACAAGAGCUAAGUACUACUUGGCAAGAAUGCCGCUAGCAGAGUGCCUGCUGCCUCUCUGUUAGCGUCGCUUGGCUUUCUAGCUGGUAGCUGAGGCAGCUCAUCAUUGUAAAAGGAAUGUGCGUCGCACUUCGUUGAACAUUCGCGAGGCUGUUCUUUUUGCUGAUACCAUACAUAAUCUUUAGCUACGACUUGUGGAUUGGAAAACGGUGGAGGCGUAGCAAACGCUGCUAUGUUUACAUUGUUCUUCCAUGCUCUUGCAAUUACGUACGAGAUGUUAAGCCCCAUGACGAAGUGUUGUCUGAUGCAAACACACCUUCGUUACAUCUAACAUUCAUUUUAAUCAUUUGUUACAUGCUGAUAGUGGAGAGAAAAAUUUUAUUUACCUUGUUGUACUUUAUACUAUCAUCCGUUAUAUCCACCUUAUGUCAGGGUUCAGUGGUAGCUACAAGCGAAGCCUGACGUGAAGCAACCUUCAUUAUGUCCAACGCUUCAUUGUAUCUGAUAAUCCUUGUAUGUGAGAAAAUUUUAAUUUAUGUAUAUCUAUCAAUAAUUUGUUAUAUCUGUAUUCAUUAUAUCGAUGUUUGAUUGUAGUGACAAGUUAGGUUUUUGGUAAACGCGUUUUUAUUACGCCUAUUUCAUUUUUAACUAGGUAAUGAGCAACUUUUGUCAGGAGUGCAUCCUCCACUCAUGACCUGCGUGACAAAAAAACCUGACACCAGGCUGUGUUCUUGGCUCCUUCUUUCUUCAUAUUGGAACUCUAGUGAUCUGAGGGGGUAAAAAUUUCUUGCUCUCGAGAGCUGUAUUGUGAAGCAUUAGGACUGAGGGAUCUUUCGUUAACAGUGAUUUAUAUCAUCAUCAUCAGCCUGUCUGGCAAAAGGUGAAAAAUCGUAAUUUAAUGAUUCAUACGAAACAAAAUGUCCUCGUUCAUUCUGUGACAAAAUUCAUUUUGCGAGUGUUAGUUGCUGAGCACCGUAAAAGCUACUGUUCUGUCCUUUUGGGACAGCAUAGUAGGGUGUUCUUGGUACAGGAAGGGGCAGGGGGAAGGUAUGUGUGUGUGCUUACAGACAAGUGCAGUGCGUAGGGACUGCAAUUUACCUAUUGCUCAGUUUUGCAACACUCCUCGCAGCGUCAUUGUAGUCAACGGUGGUGCAACUACAGUCCAGAGUGCCACAUUUGCUUCAGCUGGGCCACUGCAGUUGCAGACUACGAAGGAUUUCGAUAUGCGAGCAGGCCUCACGUAAAUGCAUUAGGAGAGACGUAGCUGCUGCAUAAGAUGGCAGUCACUACUCCAGUUCUUGCUGAGUGCUUUUGGUUGUUUAUGCAAAGUGAAGCAGCCGACAACGACGAUGUAAACAAUCAAAGCAGACGACAGUGCUUUAAAGACAAGUUUGAAGCACACAUCGACAGUAAUUUGCCUGCUUCAUGCUUCAAUGUUGGAGGUUUGACUAGUCCCUUAAUGAUACAGUGGACCCUCUUCUUGAAUUGAUCAUCUUGCUUUGGCCACGUUGUAUUCUUUUCUCGAUAACAAUAGCAACUGAAAUUAUUCAGGUGAACAUAAAAACACAUUGCAAAUGCUCCUGCCUAAUAACAGUACGUAACGCGAUUGUGUAAGCCACAUCAAUGUCAAAUACCCUUUGGUUGCACUGCAUCUGUGCUGACCAGAAUUUUGGCUGUGUCAUGAUUGGGUUAGCAGUAGCAUGUCUCGUUAGAAAGCCUGACUCAAUAGUACGGAAGAGGGUUGAUUCUGUAAAGCCUACAGCAAGCAAGUGCAACUUACCGAAUUCUGUUAGCAUUUUGCUGCGCCAUUUUUCAUACGCUCUCGACAAUGAACUGCUCAUUGCCUCUUCUAACUCUCGCAUAUGCCAGCUUGCACAGCUUUUUGCACAUACCAGUGACAAGUUGCACGCUGGAUGUACUUCAUCACUUACUUGCAACAUGCAAAGAAAGCUUAGGAGCAGUCCUUUGGCCAUUCUAUAUUUACGAGCAAGCGCCGUACACUACAAAAUAUAUGAUCUGCACUAUUUUUGUACACACACAUUUUGGAAGGCCUCGGCCCGAAUGUCAACUGCGUUGAUGGACCAAACCUUCUUAUUUUCUUUUUACUGCGCCUCGAAAUUUCCUCGGAAGACCCUUUCCCCAGUCUCCAUUUUUUCCCACGUGUCGCACGCAGCUGAUGUCGUAAUGAGAGUGAUGGCACUGUUCACUCUCUAAUCUCUACAGAGCUGUCGCUCUUUGGUGUAUUGGCUUGUGGCUUGCAUAGAACUCUCAUCGCGCUGCACUGUGGGUGUCUGUAGUCGGGUAGACGAAGUGCACGGGGAUGAUGCCUUUUUGCUGCUGGUAUUUCUCGUAAUCAUCUCUCUCAGUGCUGGCACAAGUGGCUGCUAUAGAAAGCCCUCUGAUGUAUAUGAUUUGUUGUGUAUGUUUUACUAUAUAUAUAUUUACUUGUAGCAGACGGCGUGCUCUGUCGUCUGCUGCGCACUGUUACGAAAAAUCUGCAGUCUGUGUGUGGGUGUACACUUCACUCUGCAAAGCACUGCCUCUCGGUGUUCAGACUGGGUCCUUGUGGUAUAGUCUUUCAUUACAAUCAUAGGAAUAACGCCGCUUCUCUUUUAGUGGCUUUACAACGUCGCUACUACAAUCUCUAAAAUUUAAGAAGACAGAGCUGCUGGUGUAGCAUGCCUUUAUUUUUACUGUGCUUCAAAAGCUGGUUUCAAGAGAGUAUGGAAAGCUAAGUUCGCAGUGUGCUGUUUGCUUUGCUGACAAGCUGUUUCACACUCGCAAGCAGUCGUAACACAUUCAAUGGACCCUCGCAAGCUAAAAGUGGUGAGCUGCUUUAGAGAAUUUAACGAGCUAGAUCGUGAAAAUCUUUGAAGAGCACCAUUUAUUUCCUACUGCAUUGCUAAACUGAUUCAGAACACAAGGUAUUCUCUACCAAAUUUGUGAUGAACAACUUAUGCCUUAGAUAUUGGGGAAUUAGUAUUGCAUUAAAAAAAAUUAAUUGUAGCACAGGUACACAGGAUAAUGGGAACAAAAAUGUACGGACAAGACUGGGCUUUUACUAAGUGUGCAUGGAAGCCUCUGGCAAAAAGCUAAACAGUUUACACAUGAGCUACAUCACACAGAACAGGACAAAGACAAAAAAAGCAAGUAGCAGUGUGCCGAGAUAACUACAGCAAAGGCAAAGCACAAAGAUAAAGAACCAUGCCAACAAGUCAAUAAGAAUGUGCAGUACGCAGUCAAAGCAUGUGAAGUGGAUGUGCAGAGUUUUCGCCUCAGAAUCGCAUCACAUUGCUCAGUCUGCAGUUGUUAUUUUUUCUAGUGAUUUUGAAGAACAUAAUUUGACGUUGAAAGCCACUCGUAGAGGCAACUUGCCAUUGCAAAGCAAACAGCUUCACUUCAGUUGCCCACAGCUUUUCAAAUUUUGGAGCCACACUUUUUUUUAGUUGCCUGCCUCUAAGGAUGAUGGCCCUAGUUUGCUGCCUUAAGACACUGCUGUGCCUCGCGCUGGUGCCUCUAGGUAUACUGUGUCUGCAAUGUUGAAAGCUGCCAAUUGCUCAUAUUUUCAAACGCAGAGGUGUCGGGCAUUGAGGGCUCGCAUUUUCAUAGAAACGGGUCGACCUUGGUGUGUGCAUUGUCACAGGCUGGCCAGUUUCCUAGGUUGCUGUCAACGUGCAGCUUUUUUGUGCGACCAUCUUCCUAGUCGGGUGGUAACUGCUAGACAGUUAAAGCUGUCGAGCGAUUUCACCCAAAAUUCAUUUAGGGGCGAGUGGUGGGUGUUCAGAGCCACUUGCAGAAUUGUAAUUGCAUUUUUCUAUCUUUAACACAGUCCUUGCAGAGUCGAUUUACCUGUGCUGGGAACUUGGUGUGAAAGUUGCUGAAUUUAGCUAGUCUUUAGUCAUCACAGUGAUGAUUUCUUGGAGUCUUCGGGAACUCAUAUAGCAACAUAAAUAGCCAGUAAAUUGCCUAAGAUACUUCACUGAACUUUGGCUAAGUUCACUACCUUGCCCUUACUUUACCCCAAGGCCAAGGGAGAUGCAUGCUCCCUCGUAUUUGUCACUACCCUCAAGGACAUGAAGAGCUUACUAAUGGGUACAUUAAAGUGCUCAUUUCUGAGAUGCAAUAUCGUUUUAGAAAAUUUGCUUAUUUUUUUCCUUUGUAAAUUUUUACAUUGCUGUUUGGUCACCACUCUAUGACGACAGUCAACUUAAAAGCUCAAUUUUUGGUUGAGUCAGUUUCAAAAAUUAAUUUAGAGCUAUAGUUUUGGGAAGGCCCCAUGAUGCCGUUUGGUGAGUGAAACAUUUUAAAAGACAAAUUUCUGAACGAGUCAUCAUAACGGCAACCUGGCAACACUGCCCAGAAAAAAAGACAUUUAAUGUCUUGGAUUCUUCCAUUAGAAUGCAGCUAGAGCAAAGGCCUCUGUGCUUUGUGUUUAAGCUAACAUCUAGUUUUUAGCAUAGUAAAGUGGAAAUUGCUAUGGGUUACCAACUUUUUUAUACCUUUGUGUAUUUUACUGCCCACAACUGAUGCCACCCAGGAAAUUCAAUGCUCGUUGCACACACGACAACACGGCUAUUCUGUGACAAUGUCCUCACCGAGGGCAGCCAUCGCAUUCUUGAGAGAUGCUCUGUGUUGUAAUCACACUAUGCAGGUGUCGGGAGCGUAGAUCUGAUAUUUGCCAGCUAGAUGCCUUUGCAAUUGCUAAAGCAAUGCAUGCCAAUUGCGUUCACGAGCUUGAUUGGAACCAACGAGACGUCUUAUAUACAGGCUGCCUGAAGUGUAUGCUGUUGUAAUGUUGAAAGCUGUGUAUGAAAUAAAUAUUUUACAAAGGCAAA